UUUUGUUUUCCUGCUCCCAAAGAAUCAUCUUUUUUUAAAUAACUUCUUCAUCGGUAGCAACCACUUGUUUUUCAAUUUUUAUUCUAAUUUUAUUUUCGUCAUUUUUAUUCAGUAAUUUCAAAGAUGGACGAUGAAAUGAUCUGGGAUGAUGAAGUGGCAGAAGAGAUGGAAGAAGACGCUAUCACUGAUGCGGUCCAAGAAGUGCCAAUUGAGGUCGAGGAAGAUACCUCGUAUGUUAAAUGGUGUCGUAACGAUGCUCCACCACUAGAUCCAGCAACUACCUGUUUGAUAUUCCAGCAAAUCGAGAUAGAUCAUUAUAUUGGUGACCACAAAGAGGGAAUGCCUGGGGCUGGUAACUCAAUCGGUGCCAUCAUGCGUAUUUACGGUGUCACUGUGGAAGGUCAUUCUGUGAUGGCCCACGUUCAUGGUUUCACACCAUAUUUCUACAUAAUGGCUCCAACAGGUUUCAAAGAAGAGCAAUUACCAAGCUUCCAGAAGAAAUUGAAGGCCUUGGCCUUAACUGACAAAAGAAAUGAUGCGAUAACUGAACCUGUUCUGCAAAUCGAGCUGGUUGAAAAGGCAAACAUGUAUGGUUUUAAUAACAACGAGAAAGUGCCUUUUCUCAAAAUAACAGUGGCCCUCCCUACAUUGGUGAGCUCUUUAGCACGAUCAUUAGAACGAAGUGGUUCCGUUUUCGGCUUUCCAUCAGAUUCUAUUCAAUGCUUUGAAAGCAACAUUGAUUUUGUCAUUCGUUUCAUGGUUGACACCAAAGUUGUUGGAUGCAAUUGGAUCGAGCUUCCAGCUGGCAAAUACACAGUCAGAGCAGAUAAGAUUGAAAAAUUUUCUCGUUGUCAAUAUGAAGUUGACAUUGCUUGGAACGAGUUUGUAUCUUACGCACCUGAAGAUGAAUGGGCAAAAGUUGCACCUUUCAGAAUUUUAUCUUUCGAUAUUGAAUGUGCUGGCAGAAAAGGUAUAUUCCCAGAGCCUGAAAAAGAUCCAGUUAUUCAAAUAGCAAAUAUGGUUAUUCGCCAAGGAGAGAAAGAACCAUUUUUAAGAGUGAUUUUCACAUUAGGCACAUGUGCUCCAAUUGUUGGAACUGCUGUCAUGUCUUAUAAAAAAGAGGAAGAUUUGCUGAAAGCCUGGGCUGAUUUUAUUAGAACUGUUGAUCCCGACAUUUUAACUGGCUAUAACAUACAAAAUUUCGAUCUUUACUAUUUAAUCAAUAGAGCAGCAGCUUUGAAAGUUAAAACAUUUCCUUAUCUUGGUCGUGUUAAAACUGCAAUUUCAAGAGUAAAGAAAAAAAUUUUACAAUCAAAGCAGCUUGGUAAAAGAGAAAACAAAGAUAUCAACAUUGAAGGUCGAGUCCAAUUUGAUUUAUUGCUGGUUCUCUUGAGAGAAUAUAAACUUCGAUCUUAUACGUUGAAUGCUGUUUCAUAUCAUUUCUUAUGUGAACAAAAAGAAGAUGUUCACCAUUCUAUCAUUACUGAACUUCAAAAUGGUGAUGAAUUGACCCGUCGUCGUUUAGCUGUUUAUUGUUGUAAAGAUGCCCUUCUUCCUUUACGUCUUCUUGACAAACUUAUGUGUAUCAUCAAUCACAUGGAGAUGGCUCGUGUAACUGGUGUGCCUUUGAGUUUUCUCUUGGUUCGUGGGCAACAGAUCAAAGUUGUCUCUCAAUUACUUCGACAAGCAGUUGAUGAAGAUCUUUUGAUGCCGGCAAUGAAACCAGAACAAGGGGAUGAUUUUGCUGGUGCUUUGGUUAUCGAGCCUAUUCGGGGUUAUUAUGAUGUUCCUAUUGCAACUCUCGACUUUUCAUCUCUGUAUCCUUCUAUCAUGAUGGCUCAUAAUUUAUGUUACACAACUCUCCUAAGGCACUCUCAACUUUCUAUGAUGAAAUCUGAUCAGUAUAUAAAAACACCGGCAGGAGCUUAUUUUGUGAAAAAUACGAUGCGUAAAGGUUUAUUGCCUCGAAUUUUGGAACAACUGUUGAGUGCUCGUAAAAAGGCCAAAGACGAUUUGAAAAAAGAAACCGACCCAUUCAAGAAAAAAGUCUUGGACGGUCGUCAAUUGGCUCUGAAAAUUAGUGCUAAUUCUGUAUAUGGUUUUACUGGAGCACAAGUUGGUAAACUUCCUUGUCUUGAGAUCUCUCAAUCAGUUACAGCUUUUGGUCGUCAAAUGAUUGACCAAACUAAAAAUGUAGUCGAGAAGCAUUUUAAUCUAGCAAAUGGGUAUCCUGCUGAUUCUCUAGUCAUCUAUGGUGAUACUGAUUCGGUCAUGGUAAAAUUUGGUGUGUCAACUGUCGAAGAAGCGAUGAAACUUGGUAAAGAAGCAGCUGACUUUGUUACGCAGCAAUUCGUCAAACCGAUCAAAUUAGAAUUCGAGAAAGUCUAUUAUCCAUAUUUAUUAAUCAACAAGAAAAGAUAUGCCGGUCUCUAUUAUACUAGACCUGAUAAAUUCGACAAAAUGGACUGCAAAGGAAUUGAAACUGUUCGGCGAGAUAAUUGUCGAUUAGCUGCUAGCUUAAUAAAUACAUGUCUUCAAAAGAUUUUAAUUGAUCGUGAUCCUAAUGGAGCUGUUGCUUAUGCUCAACAGGUAAUUUCUGAUCUUUUAUGCAACAAAGUAGAUAUUUCGAAUCUUGUGAUAACUAAAGAAUUGACAAAAACCGAUAAAGAAUAUGCGGCAAAACAAGCUCAUGUUGAAUUAGCUCAUCGAAUGGCUAAACGUGAUGCUGGAUCAGCCCCUAAAUUAGGUGAUCGUGUUCCUUAUGUGAUUAUUAAUGCUCCAAAAGGAACUGCUGCUUACAUGAAAUCCGAAGAUCCAUUGUAUGUACUGGAAAACAACAUUCCUAUUGAUACUCAAUAUUAUUUAGACAAUCAAAUCUCAAAACCAUUAUUGAGAAUAUUCGAACCGAUUCUUGGCGAAAAGGCUGAAUCUGUGUUGCUUAGAGGCGACCAUACUCGAACCAAAACUGUUGUCACCUCAAAAGUUGGCGCUUUAGCAAUGUUUACUCAAAAACGAAACAAUUGUCUUGGAUGUCGAACAAUGUUGCGACCUGAAGAUGAAAAGGAGUCAAAAGUUGUCUGUAAACAUUGCAGAAAUCGAGAAGGAGAAUUAUUCCAAGGUGAAAUCAUGAAAAUGAAUGAAUUGGAAAUAAAGUUCAACAAGUUGUGGACCCAAUGUCAAAGAUGCCAAGGAAGUUUAUUGGAAGAGGUGAUUUGCACAGCUAAUGAUUGCCCAAUAUUUUAUAUGAGGAAGAAAAUUCAAAAGGAAGCAACAGACCAAGACAACAUAAUUCAAAGAUUUGGUUAUUAUAAGUGGUGAUUAACAAAUUAACAAUUUAGUGAUGGAAACAUCAAGAUUCCUAUCUACCCUUAAAACUCGAUACUUUUUUAACGCUCAUAAACUCAAUAAAAUUUUGUAAUGCAUUCA